AUGAACUUCCUCCCGGAGGAGAUCGUGGCGUCGAGGCAUUUUAUCCGCCGCGUCGCGCAUGAUAUUGCGCACGCGCUUGGGUUCAGCGUUGAAAGGAUGGCGGCCCUUGGCAUGGUGGCAACACGCGCGCUGUGCGGCCGUCCGGUCUACGUGAUAAAUACGACAAGAACCGUCGCUGUGGCGCGGAAGCACUACGGCUGCGCCCACAUCACAGGCGUGGUGCUUGACGGCGAUGCCGAUGACGGUGGGACGUCGCAUUGGAGAUGGCGCGACGCGAAGGACGAGUUAAUGAGUGCACACAGCAGUGGCGGCACCAGCAGCUUCGGUGCGUACUACACAGCGCUGACAAUGGCAAUUUUUGAGGAUAUGGGUGUGUAUCGCGCGCAAUGGGGGACAGAGGAGCCGAUGAAGUGGGGCCGCGAUGCCGGCUGCACCUUCCUCGAGCAUGAAUGCACGGAGCACAACGCCAUCUGA